AUGGUAGGGCUUUCUCUUGGUGAAAAGCAUUUCAUACAGGGAGGUAUUGAUCAAAACAUCCGCUCUGACGGCCGGAAAAGAGAUACUUACCGACCUAUAUCUGUUGAAACUGGGGUUAUCCCUCAGGCAAACGGCUCAGCACGAAUCAGGAUAGGUGCAACGGAGGUUAUUGCCAGUGUGAAGGCUGAGCUUGGAAGGCCAGAUGCAUUGCAACCUGAUCAAGGAAAAGUUGCUAUAUUUGUUGAUUGUAGUCCAGUAGCAGAACCAAUGUUCGAGGGCAGAGGGGGUGAGGAACUGUCCACAGAACUCUCAGUUGUUCUUCAGCAUUGCCUCUUGGGUGGUAAAAGCGGAGCAGGGGCUGGAAUUGAUCUAUCAUCUUUAAUAGUUGCAGAAGGAAAAAUUUGUUGGGAUCUUUACAUUGAUGGACUUGUCAUCAGUUCAGAUGGAAAUCUUCUUGAUGCUCUAGGUGCUGCCAUCAAGGCUGCUUUGAGCAAUACAGGCAUCCCAAGAGUCCAAGUUGCAGCUGGUGCAUUGGGUGAUGAGCAACCAGAGGUUGACAUAAGUGAUGAAGAAUUUUUACAAUUUGACACUUCUGGGGUCCCUGUUAUAGUUACGCUAACAAAGGUGGGGAGGCACUAUAUUGUAGAUGCCACUUCAGAAGAGGAAUCCCAGAUGAGCUCUGCUGUUUCUGUUUCUAUCAAUAGGAAAGGGCACAUUUGUGGGCUGUCCAAACGAGGAAGUGCUGGUCUUGAUCCGAGUGUUAUUUCUGACAUGAUUUCUGUUGCUCGCCACAUAAGUGAGCAGCUAAUUAAUAAAUUGGACUCUGAGAUAUCUGCUGCUGAAGCUGGUGAAGAUGAAAUGUGA